AUGUUUUGUGCAAGGCGAGCUGUUCGAAUAUUUGGUCACAGAGGGCGUUCUGUGGCUUUGCGAUCAACUCUUUGUGAGUUACAUUCACAGGUACAGCGAAGAACAGUGUUAGUUUGGUCCACGAGGUGAGAAAUGUCUAUUGUAUAGCAAUUUCGACCCACUACGGACAGAAUGUAAAAUGGUACUUUGUUUUUGAUUACAUGAUCUCUAUUGCUUCAAUGUGAUGGAAUUUAGCUACCGAGAUUUUAUUGCCCUUGCAUUUGGGCAAGGACAAAAGAAGGAGAAGAAAAGAAUGUCUGAUCUAACCUAUAUCACAAUUUAAGAGUAAGAGCCGCCGAUAUUCUUCGGAGAUCACCGGAUCGGUCAUUACAUCAGUUUCAGACAGUUCAUAUUACAAUUUUAUUUUCAGAGAUGUACCACGCUUCAGACACGUGCUCUCUACAAGUCUACCAAAAUGUGGCUUUCGCUGGUUCAGCUCAGAGGGUAAGCUUUUGCAAAGAUUAAUUACCUGAUAAAAUUCAUGCACUUCAUCAAAUUUGCAUUUUAUCAUCAGUGCAAUAAACAAACGGAAGGGAAUGUGUUCUAGUCCCAAUUCCGUUUUGAUCAUACACUCAACAACUUCCUUCCUCUCUCUCAAAGAACUGAAACAGCCUCAAGGAGAGAGGGUUCAGUUAUACUCUUACUUUGGCCGGCAGUUGAAAGUUCUUGAGUCUGUUAGAGUCUGAGUGUUCCUUAUAUGUUUACGUUACCCAUGCCUGGCUAUUAUGUAACAUCUGUUGGUCUUGUAUCAGAUCAUAAGUGGAGGGCUGUUAUUGGAAACUGGUUCUUGUGAUAACUUUGUUUGAUAUGCAAACUCCCCUUGAUCCUAAUUUUAGUGAUGAUAAGAAGUAGAGAAAAAACACAUCUUGGAAUGUUUUCUAAAAACUUUCCUAAUCUUGAUUGUAAAAGAAGAUUCCCAUAAUGAACCCCCCUUGAUCCCAAUUUGAUGAGAUGGAGAUGUUGAGAAAAACAUAUUUUUUUUGGCUUAACCUUCCAACUCUUGAUUCUGAGAGAUGAUUCCUAAGGUAAACCUUCCAUAUCCCCAAAAAUCCUCCACUUCAUAUACAAAAGGUAAUUAUGAUAAAAAUCUCAGUGACCCUCAUAAACAGUCCAGGUUUAUGACUAUGUGUAACAGACAUUUGUAUUUCUGCAUUUCUUUCCCACUUCCUAUGCUUAUGAUUACAGUUUUACACCCUCCUCCCUCUUUCUUCUGUAGGUCUACCCCCGCACACAAAAGUAAAACUACCAGCUUUGUCACCAACAAUGGAAAUGGGAACCAUUGUGAGCUGGGACAAGCAGGAAGGUGAUGAACUUAGUGAAGGAGAUCUGCUAGCACAGAUCGAAACAGACAAGGCCACAAUGGAAUUUGAAACCCCUGAGGAAGGCUUCCUUGCCAAGAUUUUAAUUCCUGCUGGUUCCAAAGAUGUUCCUAUCGGUAAACUUUUGUGUAUUAUUGUUGAAAAGAAAGAAGAUGUUGCAGCAUUUGAGUCUUUUGUGCCUGAAGAGACAGCUGCACCACCUGCAGUAAGUGAAUGUAACGUUUGCAUGAUACUCCUCUAUUUCUCCCUUCAUUUUCCUUCCCAUUUCCACUUUGCUUCCCAUCCUUUCCCUCCUUCCAGUCCCCUGCCAUAGAGUCUUUUCCUUUGACAUUCAAAACUGCCUUCAACUGACUGCAGACUUCAAAGUGUUGUGCCAGAGGUACAUGUGAGAUAGAAAAAUAAAAGAAUCAAUUUUACAUCAAGAAGAAACAAGGAUGGCUAAAAGUAUUAAAAGUGAUUGAAAGGAUGAAAUCAAAAAAUUGAAAUCAAAUUUUUCCAGUCGUAGAAACCCUAUACAGCUCUGUAAGGGUCUCACAAGCACUGCAGAUUUCCCUUCCUUUUAAGUAAAACACUGAAUGAGUUUAGAGAAAGAUGUUUUUCGUCUUGUCACGAGUGUGGGACAAAGAAAAAAAUUCUGAGUGCUUGUGAGGAAUCAAACCUCAGACCUUCAGAUUCCACACUCCGAUACUCUACCACUGAGCCACAGAGACUCUAUGGCAAGCAAGGUCUAUUAUGAAGUUCAUAAGUAUUAAGAAGUUCAUAUGAACCCUAUUCCUAGCAGUUUAGACAUUUAAGUUUACACCAUGGCCAGGAAAUUGUGUUGUGUUCUUAACUUGAAGUAAGUUAAUUAACCCUCACAGUAGAUCUCUCUAACCUGGGCAAAAAAGGAGUCAAACAAAACUGUCAGGAAAACCUGACAAAAUGCUAAAGAAUAACCUCAACCAGCAUCUCAUCUAUAAAUAAACUCCAAGGAAGUUUAUUUCAUUUGGACUUAUGUUUACCUACUUUUUUUUCUUGUAGGAGAAGCCUGCAGAACCAGCAGCUGCUGCUGCUCCUCCCCCACCCCCACCCCCAGCACCGUCUCCCCCAUCCCCUCCUCAGCCUGUGACUCUUGCCCCUCUCUCUCCCCCAGUGGCUGCACCAGGUGGUAGAGUAUUUGCCAGUCCUCUGGCAAGAAAGAUGGCUCAGGAGAAAGGCAUAGAAUUAAGUGUAAGUAAUACUGUGAGAUCAGUGGACAUAUUUUAUGUUGAAUAGACAUUUAUGAGUGAUGAAUGACUGAGUAUUUAAUGUCACAAACCUGAAGUCAAAUUUUUCAUGACAACCAAUCUGAAAAAAGUGAAAAUUAAGAGGAGCUAAUUAGAACUUACUAUGAAUACCUGUUAAACAUUUUUGUGGCUAAAAUGGAAGAAAGGGCAUAUAGUAUCUUCCAUUUUGAUCCAUUAAAUAUUUUUGCUGAAGUGCAGUUGGUCUAAAGGCAUCACGUGGCUGAAUAUUCCCCAGCUAAAACUGUAUCAUAUUAUUGGUGGUUGAGAAGGUGGCACAGAUUUGCAGACUAAAUUACAAAUUUUGUUCAAGUGUACUUUUUGGUGAUGAUUCUUGUCCAAUGUUCAGUCUCUUCAGGGGAGUGGUCCUGGUGGACGGGUGAUAGCACAAGAUGUGACCGGUGCAACUCCUGUUGUUGCAGCAACUGCACCUGCACCAGUUCAUGUACCAGGUAAGUGUAAGAUGGAAUUACAGUGAUACCCAAGAUGGCUGUUGUCUAAUGGCUAAUGAUAAAAACAGCCUGUAUCAAAGUUGACUGGGUCAAUUUUGUGUUUUAGUCAGUCAAGGAAGGUGGUAGAUUUUGACCUCUUACAAAUGCCAGUCCAAUGAAGAAAAAGUUAUCUAUUUUGUCACUAGUGGGACACAAAGAAAAGUAUCUGAGUUCUUCCCCCACAAGAAUUCACACCUCACACCUUCAAACAAUUGUGGAAUCAGAAGCUCUGUAAUAUUGAAGAAAUGUAAAAUGGUUUCCAUGUUUACAUAGCCUAAUGUAAACACACAGGAGGUUGGGAGAACAUGAGAUAAGCGUAGGAAACCACGACGCAAAGUGGAGUGGUUUCCAGCUUAUCGAGUGUUCUCCCAACCUCCCAAGUGUUUACAUCAGGCUAUGUAAACACGGAAACCAUUUUACAUUUCUUUUAUAAAAUAACUAAUGAAAGAGGAACGAAAACCGUCUUUACAUACGCUUAUGUAAAAUGGUUUUAUUGCCAAUCAGAGCGCACAUACUAUUUGAAUUAUUUUAUAAAAACCCUUAGGGUUUAAGAGGGGAUCAGAUUUUUUCUUUGUCCUACUUCUAUCUGUUUUUGGUUCAAUCAAACAAACUCACUGAAUUUAAAAGGAAAAAAUAAGAUUUCCUGCUUGGAAUUAUUUCAUUUGCCUUUUCCUCAAGGUUGGUACCAAAAUGGUUAGAUUAAAUUCCAAUUAAUUGUAGAAACAGAUUAGUAUGAAACAGACUUGUUUGUACUCCUACUGACAGAAGUUAACAUAGAAGACUUUGAUUCUUUUGUGUCUUACACUUCGUGUUAUUAGCUUGCUUCCAAACAUAUGAGGCCUGGGCUAUAAUUUUAACCCUAGAAGCAUUGUAAUCACUGGGUGAAUGGCAUAUUUAUUCAUUGUUUGGUUUGUGUUCUCUGUGUAUUUUAGGUGCAGAGUUUACUGAUAUUCCUCUAUCAAAUGUCAGAAAGGUAAGUGGAAUGGAAUCAAGAUUCUCCUUUGGAGGUCAAAGUUCAAUACCAGGUUCUUAAUUUUAGUUUAAUACAUGUUUCCACAGGUUAUUGCUAGAAGACUUCUUGAAUCAAAGCAGACAAUUCCACAUUAUUACCUGUCAGUGGAUAUCAGAUUGGACGAUUUGCUUGAGUGAGUGUAAUGACUUGAUAGACAAUUAGUCAAUGGAAAAGAUGCAAAGAUUAAUGGUAUCCUGAUUCAAAUCCCUGUUGUUAUUCUGGGUGAAAUGGCAAAUUAGUGCAUCAUCCUUUCAUUUCCUAGACCUAAUUAUCAAUUCUCUACACUUUCUGGCAUACGUCUCUUAUAGUGUUAGCUCUGCAAAUGUGGUGUUAAGUGAAACAAUAUAGCUUUGAUGAUAUGUUUCUUCCUUCUCAUCUCUCACUGCUGGAAAUUGUACUGAUGAUGAAAGGAGAAAUUCCAGUUUCAUCACUGGUAUGAGCAAGAGGAAUGAGCUGCAAGUUGUUUUUUUAAGCAGCAGAGACGUGAGAAUCAUGCGGCAGCUUCUAUGUAGAAUUCUUUACGUAUAUUUCACAGGCCUGAUUUAUUUUAAGUCAGAUUUGGAGAAUGUUCUGUUGUUACUUUAUACUACUCUUCUGUGGCUACAUUUCUUCCUGAAAACUCUGUUUAUGAAGUGAUUUUUAUUUUGUCUUUCAGAGUAAGAAAGCAACUGAAUGCAGAUUCUAAUGAAGAAUACAAACUCUCAGUCAACGACUUCGUCCUAAAGGCCUGUGCUUUGGCCUCUAAAAAGGUUCCAGAAGCAAACUCGUCGUGGAUGACGGAUUUCAUCAGACAGUAAGUUUAGCAGUGUUAUAAAUUUACAGCUAAUUAUUUCUCUCCCUUUAUCAAGACGGCGGGGUGGGAAGGAGGGGCGGGAAGGGAGAGAGGGAGAAGGGGGGAUGUUCGGUUUGGAUUUAAAAUGAUAACCUUCAUGUAAAAUCUAAUUUCAGACACCAUAAUGUUGACGUUAGUGUUGCUGUGAGUACAGAAUUUGGAUUGAUCACACCCAUAGUUUUCAAUGCGGAUAAAAAGGUGGGCAGAAAGCUUUUUAAAUUAGUCAUUUGUCUGACCUUUGUCACGCAUUGUUAUGUUUUUCACUGUGCAAAAAACCCGUUAUAGUCUCCUUUGCAGCUGUUGUUUGACAAGGUCAAGCAAUGCUAACUGUUCCUAAAAGUAAGUUGCGUGACGCGGAAACUGAACUCAGAGAGGGUCUAAAUAUCUCAAGUAGAAGGAACGGCAAGGCAUCAUCGCAGAAAACGACUAGACAGAAAAAUGGCGAAACAAUUACUGUUGGAAAGGAAGUGUGUUGAGAAAGGAAAAGAAAAACAAGGCCAAAAUGAGAGAAAGGAGAAAGUGAAUGGGAAAGCUUGGGGAAAUAAAGAAAAAGUACAUUUAAUACAGAAAUAGAGGGGAUAUUCAGUAACCCAUUCCUGACCUUCUUAAAAGGCAGACGUUGUAGAAUGGGCUUAUUUACGGACUGUUUAAGUAGAAUAGCUGUGGGAAAGGCAGUAACGUAACGGCUAUAGCUUAAUUGUGUAUUGUUUCGGAGAAAGGCACCUUUCUCUUGCAGAGUCUCCCUCCACUCAGGAGUAUAAAUGGGUAUCUGCGAAGUAGCUUUUGAACGAAAGCAUAUUUCAGUCGUCGAUCCUCUGUGUAGGCCAGUGGUAUUCCACCUAGAAAGUGUAGCUUCGUGCUGAAAUUGAGAUUAGCAGAGGUCUGGCUGCUUUCCGUGGUAACAUUGUAUAGUGACAUACUUUUUGUUUAAAAGCAAGGUGGUUUGCUUUCCCAACACCCUUGAAUAAUUUUGUUGAGUAAUAAAGCCGUGAAGACUGUAAUAGUCCUCUUUCCAGAGACUCAAUAGUCUGUGAUGAAUUUUCUUCAGGGCUUACAAGAGAUAAACGCUGAUGUAACUACUUUAGCCCACAAAGCCAGAGAUAACAAACUUCAACCUCAUGAGUUCCAGGGAGGCACAAUUACAGUGUCAAAUCUUGGGAUGUACGGUGUUAAGAACUUUUCCGCCAUUAUCAACCCCCCUCAGGUAAGUGAUUUUAUUUCGAAUUGGUGCUGCUAUCUCAAUUCGAAUUGUCUGCAAGCACGAAGCGCCUUCCGAUUGAGUGUCGUGAAACCAAAUCCAAAGUAAUUACAACGGUCAAUCAAAAGAAAGGGAAAGUACCUUUAAGAGCCAAUGAGGAUUCGAAAUAUAAACAAUUAAACGGUCUAAAGCGCGGGAAAACGCGGUUGACCAAGUCAUGAUUGGUUUGGGUUUUGCAUCUGAUUGGUUUAGAGAGUGGCACGAAUUUUCUGGAACAAUCGCGAAGCGAAGUAAAGAAAAACCCAUGCAAUUCCAGAUUAUCGCGGAUCACUUUGAACCCAAUUGCUCUAUUGGACGAGGUUGAACGAAACAUCGUGAUUUGUCAGCAGCAGGUAGUCCAAUCUGACAAUGUGCAAUAAUUUACGAUAAAAAAAGUUCGGUAGUUGUCAUAUUCUUCGAUUUUCAUAUUUGUUUUUCUUGAUUAUUUUUGGGAAAUUAGGCUCUUACAGCUUGAAGACGUGAUCGGCCAUUUUUCAUGGACGAGGCUGACACAUCUACGCAGGAGCAGAAUAUCUUAAGCUUGUAGUGAAGGGGUUGAAGGUGAUAUUAACUUUAUCCCACAUACUGAUUCUUAACAUUUACUUCCUGUAUUUUUUCAGGCCUGCAUUUUAGCUGUUGGAAAGGCAGAAAAACAGGUUGUUGUGGACGAAAGUAGCGAAAAGGGGUAAAUUAUGUUGUGGCAGUCGUUGCUGUUUUUGUUGUUGUUAUGUUAUCGAUGCGUAAUUCAUUACCUAAUUCUGAGUAAGCGGUUGCUCACAGUAGCAAAUUUUGCUCGAAAUUCUGCCCUCCGUCUUCUUUUCCUUACUUAUCUCAGUCUUCCUUCCGAGAAUUAUUCGUCAUCUGGUUGGAAAAUCUAAAACUUUGAUCAGUAACUGAAGUAUUCAGGCAAAUAGCGAGCAUUUUAUAUGAUAGAAUUGUACCGUGAAAGCGAACAACAAAUAUUCACCAGAGAUUUAAUUUUGUUGUCAUCGUGUAACGUAUCUCGCAAACGAUCACAACAUUUUGUUCAUGAUGAAGAAAAUCGGACAUUUUCAUUUGAUUUUACAGCUCAACCCUUUACGUUAUACAUAUUCUCCAUACUGUUCUCUAUACAUUUCUAAAGGUGCCAUAAGGAGAAUUUGUUUAACAAUCAAGAGUUUCUUUAACUGGUGAUCAUUUCCGUUUUUGUCGUGACCUCAAUAUCUGAUUCAGAUUCAUUACCGCUGAAAGACAGAUAGCGAAAGCUCAAGUCCUGGCCCUUGAAUUCUACGCUAAGUCACUUUAAUUCUUUUUCGUUUUACUUUCACUUUUAAAAACAGAUACACAACCGGAACAAUGAUGUCUGUCACUUUGAGCUGCGAUCACCGAGUUGUUGAUGGCGCUGUUGGAGCGCAAUGGCUGUCAGCUUUUAAAAGCUAUUUAGAGAAACCUCUUACAAUGUUGUUGUGACGGGAAAGCCAAUUUAAAUCAUGGAACAGCACUCACGGGGAAGCCAGGCCUGGCGAAUUUACUUCUGAAACACAGUAAAAAUACCUCAUUCCAAGAGAUACUGAAUUACAAUUUUAUGACUGAUUGACACGGAAGGAGUCGAGACGGUUUUGAAACGCCGGUUUGCAGUGACUAUUAGUUGGUUACUUGGUAUUAUAUGGAUAUAAUUUGAGUAGUCAGUGUGUACUUGCGAAAAACUUAACUAAGAUUUUCAAUAUUCGUUCUUUGUGAGAAGGGGUUUGCGUGGCGAAACCAAACAACGGCUGCGAAUGACGAAUGCGAUUGACACUAUUUCUCAACAAUUCCUUUCUUAAUAACUUGGAGUGGGUUUCUUCCCUUGUGGAUAAUGCAUGCUAUUUAUUUCUUUGCAUAUUGUUAAUGAAGUAAUUCUUAAAUAAUUGGCAAAGAUGAAAUUUGGUGAUCUUCUCUCUCAUGUAAUUUCUGAUAGCUGUGAAGAGGGGAAUUCUAUCUCUUGACUUUACGACCGCGAGUUGAUUUUUAUUGCAGUCGAACGAAUUGGAAAAUUGGGUCACACCCAGGUGUUUGGUUAGUUUGUUUGUUUGUUCUUU